CGUCCCCGCGCGGCCUCCGACGCCAUUUUGGAGAGAUCCGAGCGCCGCCCGCGGCCACGAGCCGGUCCCGAGCCGCCGGCCGGCUGAGCCUGUGUCUGUAGGCGCCGCGCCCGGGCCGGGCCCAUGUGCGUGCGGCCCUCCCGAGGCCGCCCGGGCUUCGCCUCCACCAGCGCCCUGGCCUCCACGUGGGCCUCCACCUGGGCCUCCAAGGAGCCGCCGCGACGCCCGGCCCGCGGGGCAGGUAAAGAGAUUAUAAAUCUACUGAAUGAAAAAAUUUUUCUUGAAGUUGCAUAUACUCCAAGAAAAAACUACAAAUGUUUUUCUGUUUUGCCUAAAUACAAGAUUUAAACAAGAAGUUUCCACAGACGCCCUGUGGCCGUCACAAUGUUCUGGAAGUUUGACCUGAACACCACGUCCCAUGUCGACAAGCUGCUGGACAAGGAGCACGUGACGCUGCGGGAGUUGAUGGACGAAGAUGACAUCCUGCAGGAGUGUAAGGCUCAGAACCAGAAGCUGCUAGACUUCCUGUGCAGGCAGCAGUGUAUGGAGGAGCUGGUGAGCCUUGUCACGCAGGACCCGCCUCUGGACAUGGAGGAGAAGGUCCGCUUCAAAUACCCAAACACAGCCUGUGAGCUUCUGACUUGUGAUGUGCCGCAGAUCAGCGACAGACUGGGCGGGGACGGGCGUCUGCUGGGCCUCCUGUGUGACUUCCUGGGCCGCGAGCCGCCGCUCAACCCGCUGCUCGCCAGUUUCUUCAGCAAGACCAUCGGCAACCUCAUCGCAAGGAAGACGGAGCAGGUGAUUACGUUCUUGAAGAAGAAGGACAAGUUCAUCAACCUGGUGUUGAAGCACAUUGGCACCUCGGCUCUCAUGGACCUGCUGUUGCGCCUGGUCAGCUGCGUGGAGCCUGCUGGGCUCCGGCAGGAAGUCCUGCGGUGGCUUGAUGAAGAGAAGAUCAUCCAGAGCCUUGUGGAAUUGAUCCAUCCGAGUCAGGACGAGGACAAGCAGUCGAAUGCGUCUCAGACUCUCUGUGACAUCGUUAGGCUGGGCAGAGACCAGGGCAGUCAGCUGCAGGAGGCUGCGGAGCCAGACCCCCUCCUCGCCACGCUGGAGUCGCAGGACUGCGUGGAGCAGCUUCUGAGGAACAUGUUUGAUGAAGACCAGACCGAGAGCUGCCUUGUCAGCGGGACUCAGGUGUUACUCACCUUGCUGGAAACCAGACGGGCUGGGACAGAGGGCUUGGUGGACUCCUUUUCUCAGGGACUGGAGAGGUCGUACGUCGUCAGCAGCAGUGUACUGCAGGGCAUCGAGCCACGGCUGAAGGACUUCCACCAGCUCCUGCUCAACCCGCCAAAGAAAGAAGCAAUCCUGACCACCAUUGGUGUGCUGGAGGAGCCCCUGGGGAACGCCCGUCUGCAUGGUGCCCGCCUCAUGGCCGCGCUGCUGCACACAAACACGCCCAGCAUCAACCAGGAGCUCUGCCGGCUCAACACCAUGGACUUACUGCUGGACUUGUUUUUUAAAUAUACCUGGAAUAAUUUUUUGCACUUCCAAGUGGAACUAUGCAUAGCCGCCAUUCUCUCCCACGCCGCCCGGGAGGAGAGAGCAGACGCCAGCGGAUCCGAGAGCAAGGCGGAGCCUCUGCCUGGCAACACGAACGGGAACCUGGAGACCCCUCAGCGUGCCGCCGGCUUCCCUGAGAACAUGAUGGUGACCCACCUGUUCCAGAAGUGCUGCCUGGUACAGAGGAUCCUGGAGGCCUGGGAAGCCAACGACCACACACAGGCCGCGGGUGGCAUGAGGCGCGGGAACAUGGGCCACCUCACGAGGAUCGCCAACGCGGUGGUGCAAAACCUGGAGCGUGGCCCUGUGCAGACCCACAUCCGCGAGGUCAUCCGAGGGCUCCCUGCGGAUUGCCGUGGCCGCUGGGAGAGCUUUGUGGAGGAGACGCUGACCGAGACCAACCGCAGGAACACUGUGGACCUGGUGAGCACUCACCACCUUCACUCCUCAAGUGAGGACGAGGACAUUGAGGGUGCUUUCCCUAACGAGCUGUCCCUUCAGCAGGCUUUCUCCGAGUACCAGAUCCAGCAGAUGACGGCCAACUUCGUCGAUCAGUUUGGCUUCAACGACGAGGAGUUUGCAGACCAAGACGACAACAUCAAUGCCCCGUUUGACAGGAUCGCGGAGAUUAACUUCAACAUCGAUGCUGACGAGGACAGUCCCAGCACAACUCUGUUUGAGGCCUGCUGCGGCGACCGCAUCCAGCCCUUUGACGAUGACGAGGAGGAGGACAUCUGGGAAGACAAGGAGACUCGCUGUGUCACCCGGGCGAUGGCCAGAGCCAGGUUUGGAGCCCCCCAGCCUUCAGAGAGCUGCUCAAGGAAUGGCCUGGAGCACAAAGGCCAGGACGGGAAGGUGUGCUUGGAAGUAGACAGGGACACCUCUGGGGCAGGCACCCCCACGGUCCCUGUGAGCAACGAAGGUGCCCCAGUGGAGGCUGAUUCAGAAGCGGGCACUGCGUGGACGGCGGUGUUUGAUGAACCAGUGAACGCGACACCCACAGCCCCGGGAGUGGUGCGGGACAUGGGUUCCAGCGUGUGGGCAGCCAGCGCCUUGGCUCCAGAGGAGAGAGGCUGGGCCAAGUUCACUGACUUCCAGCCUUUCUGCUGCUCUGAGUCAGGGCCCAGGUGCAGCUCUCCCGUGGACACGGAACGCAGCCAUGCCGAGGGCAGCCGUGGCCAGGACCUGGAGAAAGCCUUUGGCCCAGCUUCCCCGUGUGCCUGGAACGUGUGUGUCACCAGGAAGGCCCCCCUGGUGGUCUCCGACAGCAGCUCCUCGGGGGGGUCCGACAGCGAGGAUGAUGAGAAGGCAGCUGGUGCCAUGGACACCAUGAGCAGGGGCCCCAGCCAGGAGGCCCCCUUGCUGCCCACAGUGGCCAGGAUGGAGGAGGCUGUCGUCGGCAGGGCCGAGUGUACUGACAGCACGCUGCCAGACCCUGCCUGCCCCACCCCUGAGGAAGUCACCACUGCCCUGGCCGUGGCUGCACCCCUGGAGACCACAGCACCAAGCAAGGCUGGUCCCCCUGUGACCCCCACGGCAGUCUCUUCUGCAGUGGCUGUGGCAGUCCCCCCAGGGCCCGUCAUGGCAGCCACCCUGGGGACAGUGACAAAGGACAGGAAGACGGACGCCCUGCCAGGAGGAGCUGCCUUAAAUGGCCCCGUGUGAUGCUGCUGCUGCCCGGCCACGGCCCGCCCUGGUCAGGCUGCGUCCUUAAUCAAGAAAACUACCUGGUGAUGCAAUUUGGUUUUCUUUUUUAAUUUAAUUUAAUUUUAAAAUAAAUGCUGCAUUGAUAAAGCUGGCAGUUGGAACCA